AUGCUCAUUAUGGUACAUGUUGCUAGUCACAUGCUAGAAUUCCAUUGUCUGCAAAGACUUCUUGAAUGGAAAGAAGCCAUCCAAAAGAGCCAUGAUCCACCUUUGUACCACCAGAUGAUGAUGGGUAAGAAAAAGUGUUCAAAGAUGAUGGUAAUACUAAAGAACUUUCUUGGUCAAGAUGUACCAAAAGUUACUACUAAAAUAAAGAGAACAAGUUCAAGAAAAAUAGAUGGAUUCUCCGACCUGGUUGAUGGAACAGGAAAAAAGAAAAGAGCCCAAUAG